UAUACCAUUCAGUUCAUUUCAUUCAACAUUAUAAUUAUAUUUUAUUCAAUUAUUUUUCAUUCGAGUGUGUUGUUGUUUCUGCGCAGCCAAUCAGGGACAAGAACACGUACUUGAGUCAAUGUCAGAGAUAUGGAACAAUCCCUGUCAAGGUAUGAUGUCGAAACACGUAUCGACACAAACAAAAUACAGACCACAGUUUUGUGUGCAGAACAGUCGGUACAAGCUGCCGCUAAGUUCACAACGAAAAAAACAAUUAGGGGAAAACGUGAAGCCGCAUUGUGUCGCUUUGAAAAGGAACACGAGAUAUAUCACAUAGUUAAUUCAUUUGAAAAUCUUUUUGGAUUUAGUUCAAAACGAUUUGAGCGACCGUAAAAUUCGCAUUAUAUUCAAAGAUACAACAGAAGGGUCAAGCCUCAAGCCUCAGCAUUGUAUUCAAAAAGAAACACGAUAUAAUACAUUCUUAGGCGUUUGAAAAUUUCAAGAAUUCAAAAUUUGAAUCAUGGCAGGAUUUGGUAAAAGCGCAAACGGCGUCUCGACUUUCUCUGUACGCGAGAUACUUAACCUGAAAGAAGACUCUCAGAAGAACAUUGAAGCCGUUUCCGAAACGGAAAGAUCAGCUUACGAAGUGGAUCAGCACAAUGAAGAGAAAUUGGAAUUCAGAAAAGUGGAAUCGGAAAUGGAAGGGAAGAUAGAUGGCGAUUCAGGUAGGUUUACUAAAGAUAAUUUAGACUAGAUGAACAGAAUGUAAAAAUUGGGAUUAUAUCUCAAACUCUGUUCUCCUUUGUUGGAAGCAUUACAGUAUACAAUUGACUCUACCAAACACAGCAGGUUUCGGUUUUUCCUGUGGUAUACAUGGACAAAGAGAUGCGUUGGCCUUUACUGCAUUUCUAGGACAAGGAAACAAAUUUGAAGUCAUCCUGUAGCUAGCUUUACCAAAUCGUAUUUAUAUCUGCUCUCAUGGUUUGUGCCUAUAAAGUAGAUGAAUAAAACACUUCAAUGAGCAUCUACGACCGAGUGCAUGCAUUGCGUUUGUCAUGAAGAAGUUAGGUGUUACUGUCAACUCUCUUGACCCGAGGAAGGCACUUUACUUUAAGACAGGAGGUAUUUCACAGUUCAGAUACGAACCACAUGCCUAGAAUUAUAACUUUUAUAUUAUUAUUUUAAAGAAAUUAUAGCCCCUUCUUCCUAACCAUAUUUUAUACAAAAUAUUCGUGCCACUUCUGGUCAAAUCCAUUUCGAAAACUUAUGUAUAAAUUUAUACGACUGAAGUGUUGCAGAUUGUACACAGAAUUGCGUCACGUGCGCAAGGCGCUGAUAAUAUGCAAUCGUUUUCGGUCAUACCGGUAGAUAUAUUUCUACGUUGAUAAAAUGAUAAAUAAUUUAUGAGGCCAUUAUGAGUUUUCAAGUAUUUGGUUUUCUAUAGAUGUAUAGGUCAAGGAUUUAAUCAAUGUUUUCAAAUACUGUGGUCUAAAUUGUUGCCCAAAACAUUUCAGGUUGACGCAUAAUCCACACCACAUAAUCAGUCUAUAAUAAUUGAAUGAUUCAGUAACAGCCAAUACACCUUUAAAUCAAAUGUUUCCUCAAAUGUAUGGGCGGUUUCCCUCCCAACCAUGACUAGGAAGGCAAUGUUUCCUGGUUUGUCCACCUUUGGGAAACAUGACUAGGAAACAACGUUUCCUGGUUUGUCCACCUUUGGGAAACAUGGCUAGGAAACAAUGUUUCCUGGUUUGUCCAACUUUGGGAAACAUGACUAGCAAACAAUGUUUCCUGGUUUGUCCACCUUUGGGAAACAUGGCUAGGAAACAAUGUUUCCUGGUUUGUCCACCUUUGAGAAACAUGGCUAGGAAACAAUGUUUCUUGAUUUGUCCACAUUUGGGGAACAUGACUAGGAAACAAUGUUCCCUGGUUUGUCCACCUUAAUAAUAAUAAAAUAAUAAUACUAAUAAAAAAACAUCUUUAUACUACAGCUCAUGCAUAUUAUCUUUCAGACCAAGAAAUCGUGGAAAUCGACUUGACCCGAACUCCUGCGAAGAGCGAAGAUCCAGAAUUCCAGCCCGCUUUAAGAAAACGCAGACGUCGUGUUCUCUUCACAAAAACGCAAACGCAGGAGCUCGAAAAACGUUUCCGCGAACAACGUUACCUCUCGGCGCCAGAACGCGAGGAACUUUCAAAACUGAUCGACCUCACCCCAACGCAAAUUAAGAUAUGGUAUCAAAAUCACAGGUAUAAAUACAAGCGACAACGGGAGGAAAGCGCAGCUAUGCACCGAUUGCAGUUCUUUUCAACUCCAAUUCGAGCUAUCCCACUACCUUUGCCCAUCUAUAGACAUUACCCUUGCUGUACAGUUGCACACAGAGGAACUAUGGCUGCAUAUAAUAGAACACAUCAGUUGCCCAGGCAGCAGUCCUAUUGUAGUGCAUUUAAUGCAUGCGCUUUGAACCCUAGGCUGACUUGCCAUUACCGCCCUUACCGAUAGAUGAAUGAUCCCUUUGAAAUACAUGCACACUAUAUGGAAAUGUCAUGAACUAUAUGACGAUAUUCAUGGGAAAACGCGUCGCAAUAUGGUCUAAUAUGUCAUGUAUAUGAAAAGGAACCGUGUCCUAUAUUCCUUACCAACCUUAACUGGCUAUGCAAAAUAUCAGAUCUAGAGUAAUCAAACUUAAACAUGCAUGAGUACAUUUAUGCUCGUGCUUGGUGAUAAAAGUCUUAUACAAUCGGUUUAUAUACUACAGAACAUUACACACUUCGAUCAAAUUGUACUUUGCAUGUUUACAAAAAAAGUUCGUUAGAGUAAAGUAGUCUUAGUGAAAAAACAAUUUUUGAA